AUGUCUCAGUAUCAAAACCAAUAUGGUGCUCAAACUGGUAACACCGAUGAGUAUGGAAACCCAGUGAACCAACUUGAUCAAUAUGGCAACCCUGUUAGUGGCGGUGGGUACACAGGUGAAGCCGGUAGACAACAUUUUGGAACUACCGGUCAUGGUCAUGGUCAACAACAUCGUGGAGUUGAUCAAACCACAGAGUAUGAGACCCAGACAGGUGGUGCGGGUGGUUAUGGAACCAAGCCUGAGUAUGGAAGCACCAACACAGGAAGUGGUUAUGGUACAGGAACAGGAUAUGGUGGAACUGGAACCACUGAGUAUGUGAGAGAGGAGCAUCACGGAGAUAAGAAAGGAGUUAUGGAUAAGAUUAAAGAGAAGAUCCCUGGUACUGAAGAAUCAAGAACUAAUACUGAAGGGACAGGGUAUGGAACAACAGGUUAUGGAGCUAGUGGAGGUGGCAUCGGAAACACUGGUGAACAAUAUGUGAGAGAGGAGCGUCAUGUUCAUCCUGGAAAUCAGAAACAUGGAAGCACUGGUGAAGAGUAUGUGAGAGAAGAGCAUCAUGGCAUUGGAGGCACUGGUGGUAAAGAGUAUGUGAGAGAGGAGCGUCGUGAAAAUCAUGGAGAGAAGAAAGGGAUUAUGGACAAGAUUAAGGAGAAGCUUCCUGGUACUGGAGGAUGUACUGGACACUAG